GUCUCUGCAUGUGUGUCUGGGCGACAAGCAAUCACAUCCACCCUCGAACAAACAUCCAGCAUUCAUCUGUAUCUUUGUGUCUCUCCGUCUUUGGAAUUUGUGGGCUCUUGCUGCUCCUGCACCGUGAAAAGUGUUUUUUUUGGUUUGUUUUUUAAAGGAGUGGAACCUGCCUGCACCAAGUUCUUUUUGUUUUCCACUCUCAUCAGAGCAUGGCUGCGACUCGUCUCCGUGACUGUUGCUGACGUGUGGGAUGUUUGUCCAACCCGCGCGGAUCCUUCUUUAGGAUCUAAAGAAGUUUGAGCGCUCCAGACACAUUCAUUCUGUCAGGAUGAGGUGCCCGUGUGACUUUUUAAAUUUCACUUAAACACAGCUGAGGAGAGAGUGGGCUGCACAGCCUGAUACAUCUGCAGCAGCAGAGCUUCUCAUCUAAGUGUCUGCGAAGAGCCACAUUUCAUACUCUUUUCCAUAUUAGCGCAAGACAGAGACGUCAGAAAUGAAGAAGUUUCGUAAGGUGUUGGACGGCUUGACCACCUCCUCUCCGGGUGGCGGGACUAUGGGAUCGCCGUCGUGUGGCAGCGCCGCCGGGACCCCCACAGCGGCGCCCACCCCCAAAGAGAUCGACGUGCAAGAGACUCUCGUGUCAGAAAACUUUCAGCUGUGUAAGACGGUGCGCCAUGGUUUCCCCUACCAGCCCACUGCUUUGGCCUUUGACCCUGUGCAAAAGAUCCUGGCCAUCGGCUCCAGAUCAGGUGGUGUUCGAAUACUGGGUCGACCUGGGGUUGACUGCUUUUGUCAGCAUGAGAGCGGUGCAGCUGUUCUUCAACUACAGUUCCUCAUCAACGAGGGAGCAUUAGUCACAGCCUGCGCAGAUGACACGUUACACUUGUGGAAUCUUCGUCAGAGGCGACCUGCUAUCCUGCAUUCACUUAAGUUCAACAGAGAAAGGAUCACAUUUUGCCACCUUCCAUUUCAGAGUAAAUGGCUUUAUGUGGGGACGGAGCGUGGGAACACACAUAUCGUCAACAUCGAAUCCUUCAUUUUGUCUGGAUACGUCAUCAUGUGGAACAAAGCCAUCGAACUAUCAACUAAGACUCAUCCAGGACCUGUAGUUCACUUGAGUGACAGCCCAAAAGAUGAAGGCAAGCUUCUGGUCGGGUUUGAGAGUGGGACAAUAGUGCAGUGGGAUCUCAGGGCCAAAAAGGCUGACUUCAGGAUCUACUACGAUGAGGCCAUCCACUCAGUCAGCUGGCAUCAUGAAGGAAAGCAGUUUAUGUGCAGCCACUCAGACGGCAGCCUAACAGUAUGGAACCUCAGAAACACCUCAAAGCCUAUCCAGGUUACAUUCCCACAUGGUAAAAUACAAAAAGAUGGAAAGAAGGAAUCAUGUAAACCCAUACUGAAAGUGGAUUACAAGACUUCAAGGAACAGUGAGCCUUUUGUCAUCUUCUCUGGAGGUCUUUCAUACGACAAGGCAGGACGGCGGCCUACGUUAACCAUCAUGCACGGCAAGGCAAUCACAGUGCUCGAGAUGGACUAUCCUAUUGUUGAGUUCAUGACUCUUUGUGAGACUCCAUACAAUAACGAAGUCCAAGAUCCUUAUGCAGUGGUGGUGCUUUUAGAAAAGGAUUUAAUAGUGGUGGAUCUAACACAGAGCAACUUCCCUGUCUUUGAGAACCCCUACCCCAUGGACAUCCAUGAGUCUCCAGUUACAUGCACAGCUUAUUUUGCAGACUGCCCUCCAGACAUCAUCCCUGUUCUCUACUCCAUAGGCGUUAAACACAAGAAAACAGGCUACAGUCAAAAGGAAUGGCCAGUUAGUGGGGGAAUGUGGACGUUAGGCUCGCACACCUACCCGGAGAUCAUAAUCACUGGACAUGCAGAUGGAUCAAUCAAGUUUUGGGACGCGUCAGCAAUUACUCUUCAGAUGCUAUACAAGUUGAAGACCAACAAAGUGUUUGAAAAGCCCAAACCAAAUGAGAGUCGUGCAGCAGAACUGGUGGAUGAUGACCCCUUUGCAGUCCAGAUGGUCAGCUGGUGUCCCCAAAGUCGCAUCUUUUGUGUUGUUGGGAUCUCGGCCCACAUCAUCCUGUACCGCUUCAGCAAAUAUGAUGCCAACACUCAGAUUGUGUCUUUAGAAGUGCGACUGCAGUGUGAUCCAGAAGAUGUCAUCUCUCCAUCUGAAAAUGAAAACAAUCCCUGCUUCUCAGAGCCCCACUCAGGCUCCCACUCCCCUCAGCCCCAUCACCACCAACACCCACCGAGCCCUGGUGGCGGAACACCAGAGUCUUUCAAAGACAGCACACCCUGCCUUAAAGUGAAGGAUCGGGUGGUGCGGGUACCUCCUGGCUACCAGGCAGAACUGGUGAUCCAGCUGCCUUGGAUAGAUGGAGAACCUCCACAGCAGAUAUCAAGCUUGGACAUCAACUCCGCUUAUGGCCUUUUGGCAUUCGGGAACUGCAAUGGCCUUGCGGUGGUUGACUACUUGCAGAAAACCAUCUUGUUGUGCAUGUCCACACUGGAUCUGUACGGAGCCGCCGAUCCCUAUCAACGCCUUACCCGCUCCCCUCGCAGGAACAGACAGUCCACCUCAGAGUUUUGCAUGCGCGGCCUGUCUAACUUUUAUUCCGAUUCAAAGAAACGGAUCCGUACAUCCUACCAGAGCCUUACUGAACUAUCUGACAACCAGCAGUCUGUUGACAUGGAAAGAAGCAAGUCGCCCACCUCAGUUCAUUACCCAACCUCCCUUCACAAUGACCCUCGCAUCCUGCCAGAGCCUGUGGCCAGUCUGAGAGCCAGCCACUGCAGCCCAGUGUUUUACUUAUUGGACAAUGUAAAGGGACCCGGCAGAAAGUUAAGUCUGCCAACAGAUCUUAAGACUGAUCUUGAUCAUGUCAAUGGACAUUGCACUAGCCCCACCUCUCAACCCUGUUCCGCGGGGAAGCCUCGUGUCCCGAUGGGUCCCGAGGGGCCACGGCUUGCCCGCAGAGGCCCUGGCCGGCCGCCGUUCCGCAAGGCCCAGUCUGCUGCUUGCAUGGAGAUCUCUUUGCCUGUGUCCCACACUGAAGGUUAUGCAUCCAGGAGGGCAAUGCUCCAGCAGUUACAUGGAGUCACAAUGUACUCUCACGACGAACACCACUCCGCCACCCCCUACUGCUGGAGUGACAGAGAGAGCCGUGAAAACUCCUUCAGCCGCUCACGCAGCUCCAGUGUCUCAAGCAUUGACCGGGACACCAAAGAGGCAAUCACCACAUUGCAGUUCGGGGAGUCUUUUGGGCGAAAGAGCGAUACUCUGCCCACGCCAUGUCUGUGGGUCGGGACUAGCCUUGGUGUGAUCUUGCUCAUCCCCAUGUCUAUUCCUACUGACCAGGAGGAGAGGAUGGAGGAGGCCAUCACCAUUGGUCCCUGUGGUGCAGUUCUGAUGCUAAAGGGCUCUGUGUUGCGCUUUGGCUUCUUGGACUGCAUGGGUGCACUUCUUCAAACCCCCUACGAGGUUUGGCGUGAUCUCAAUGCGCCAGAAGACCCUGACCGACCACGAAAGCGCAAGCUGGUGCACUACUCGCCCUCAUCCUCCCAGGACACCUACGGAGAUGGACAUCUGGCUAUUGUGUGUUCCGAGAGGCAGGCCAAAGUUUUCUUGAUGCCCUCACAGUCUUGCCUCUUUGUCCACAACAUCACGGAAUCGUCAUUCGUCCUGCGCUCUGAUUUGGUUUCGGUGUGUAACAGUGUGUGCCUCGCAUGCUUCUGCGCCAACGGACACGUUAUGACGCUCAGUUUGCCCAGUUUAAGACCACUGAUGGAUGUUAAUUACCUGCCUCUGACAGACAUGCGCAUUGCAAGAACCUUUUGCUUCACCAACGGGGGACAGGCACUUUAUCUCAGUUCCCCGACAGAGAUCCAGAGAAUUACAUACAGCCAGGAAAUGUAUGACAAUCUGCAGGAAAUGCUGGGAGAGCUCUUUACACCAACAGAAACACCAGAGGCCCAGAAUAGAGGCUUCUUAAAGGGCUUCUUCGGUGGCAAUGCACACACAUUCGAUAGAGAGGAGCUCUUUGGAGAGGCAGCAGCAGGUAAGGCUUCACGGAGCUUGGCCCAGCACAUCCCUGGUCAGGGAGGGGUGGAGGGCAUGAAGGUGGCAGCGAGCGGAGCAGUGGGUGAGCUAGCCAGGGCACGCAUUGCUCUAGAUGAGAGAGGCCAGAGACUUGGUGAGCUGGAAGAGAGAACAGCGCUCAUGAUGACCAGUGCAGAAAGUUUCUCCAAGCAUGCUCAUGAGCUCAUGUUGAAGUGCAAAGACAAGAAAUGGUAUCAGUUCUAAUCACGAGAGGCCAACAGGUGGAUUUCUGAGGGCUUUGUUCCAGGACAGGAAUUGUAACUCCACUGAUGACAGCAAAUAAAAGUGAGACAGAAGAAUGACUUUCUCUCAACGGCUUCUGAGCCAAGUGUGCGGCAUUGUCGCUCAGUAAGAGGACAGAAGUGCUCCUCAUUUGAUCGUUAGCUGAGAAAGAUGGGGAGAAACAGGAUGGUAGCAUUUGGAGGACGUAUGUGUGUGUGCUGAUGUAUGUGUGUGUGUUCUGUGUGGGUUUGGUUUUCUGGACCUCACUGUGUAGAUAGUUACUCAACAAUUAAGAAAUCAACAAGACAUGCAUGGAUCAAAAAAGGAAUGACUAUCAAAAUAUCAAACUGCCAUAUUAAAAAGCAGCAUGCUUACUUUUAAGCUACUUUGACAGGAGAUUCAAUUAUUAUUUUUUAUUUAAUAAUAUAGCCAACUACAGAAACUAUUAAGAACUUUCUAUUUUUUGAAAUAUCGACAAAAUCUAUAUAUAAAAAAAAAACAAAAAAAACAAAUGUAUACCUGCAUCGCUAUUAAGCCAAAACUUGUGUUCUUUUUCCCUUUCCUCGUUUUCCUUUUGACUUUUUUUUCCAGCAAAUAUUUACUGACACACUCUAAAUGCACAUAGUUAGUAUAGUUCACAUAUUUAAAAUAAUACUGAAACUUCAUACCAGGUAUUCUUGGCUGCAUAAUUGUGCAACCAUAGAAGAAUUUUGCCAUUACCUGCACAGUUUAUGUCAAGUUUACGUUUGGGCUGCUGCUGCUUUCAAAUACAGUAAUUGAUGAAGUUAUAAUCAACUCCCCGACUGCAAUUUGGAAUUCAGAAAAAAAAAGUUCAAGAUGUAUGCACAGGCUUUGAAAACACUCCAUAUGUUUAGAUAAAUCUCUAUAUAUUAUUCAUGUGCCAUAAUAAAACAAGAUGAGUGCAAUCAGUGUAACGUUACUAAGAGCUAACAAGUGGUGGUUUUUAUUGUUUCCGAUUAAAUACAGAAGAGACAAUGAUGGAUAGUAAAGGAGCAUUUACUGGAGUAAAAAAUGUUUCGUUUCAUAAAAUAACACUUAAGAGACUUACAUUUACGUUGUCGGUUCAACUUUUUGGUCUUUAGAUUGCCAUUGCAAGAUGUGCAGGUUUUCUGGGAAAUUAGGAUGUGUGUGUGUGUGUGUGGAAGGGAAACUUUAAAAAAAAAAAAAAAAAAAAAAAGG